UGCAUUAAUGCAUCACCAAUGAGUUGUUUUGUACACAUUAAGCGCUUUAACACGCUCUACUAAGCUAGCUGUGGUUAUGAUUUGUUGUUAUUUCACCCAAAGCACUGAUCGCUGUAGCUUUUGCUCAAGUUAGUUACCGAACUAAAGCGCGAAAUGGCCAACCUGCAAGUUAUUUCUGAGGAGGGUUCUUUCAAAAAUGCUGAUAGACAGAAAAUUUUCACCAAAUAUUGGAAACCCAGUGAGAGGAAACCGAGGGCAUUGAUUUUCAUCUGUCAUGGACUUGGAGAGCACUGUUCUCGUUAUGAAAGACUGGGAAAAGCUUUGGCAGAGCAAGGUUAUCUGGCUUUUAGUCAUGAUCAUGUUGGCCAUGGCCAUAGUGAUGGAGAGAGAGUCCAAAUCUCUAAUUUUAACCGCUACAUCAGAGACGUCUUUCAACACAUUGAUCAAGUUACAGCAACCCACUCUGGAAUACCUGUGUUUAUCUUUGGGCACUCUAUGGGAGGAACAAUUGCCAUUCAGUCUGUUUUGGAAAGACCUGAUUUCUUCACUGGUGCAGUUUUCAGUGGACCAAGUGUAAAGGCAGAUCCAGCUGUGGUAACUACAUGUUUGGUUUUACUGGGUAAAAUAGCAGCAUGGAUUGCACCAUCGUUUCAGGUUCUGCCGCCAAUUGAUCCCUCAGUAAUAAGUCGUAACCCUGGAGAGGUUAAAAAAUAUGCAGAUGAUCCACUCAACUGGCACGGUGGAUUAAAAGCAAGAUGGGCCAAUGCCAUUCUAAAUGCUAUGGAUGACAUUCAGAAAAAUAUUUCUGCACUUAAGACACCAUUUUUUGUUGCCCAUGGUGAUGAUGAUCAACUGGUUAAGAUUGACAGUUCGAUAUUUCUACAUGAGAAUUCUCCCAGUAAAGACAAGACAUUCAAGAUUUUCAAAGAUUGCCGACAUGAGAUUCUAAAUGAACUGGAAGAAAGCGCAGCUUCAUUCCUGAAAGACAUUCUAGACUGGAUUGAACAAAGAUUACCUGUAGUUUUACAGAUUUAAUAAAUUUGAUAUCAGUGC